AUGUCGGCGACAGGAACGCCGCCGCGGCGCAUCGUGGUUGCGAUCGACGACUCGACGGGCAGCACCGAGGCGCUCCAAUGGGCACUCGAUAACAUGCAGCUGCAACCUGGUCGCGACACCAUCGUUCUCGUCAACACCCAAUCCUACUCAGCAGCCCCUACUUCCCGGCCAGGCUUCCACGUGUCCCAGGGGGAGAUCCAGGCGGACACGCAGAGGAAGAAGGACGUCGGGUACAAGCUGCUGGAGAAGUACAAGGCGCAGUGCGAGGCGCGGCAGCUGCUGUGCGAGACGCGUGUCAUGAUCGGCGAUGCCAGGCUGUCGAUAUCCGAGGCAGCGGAGCAGGCCAAGGCGGAUGCCGUGGUGGUGGGGAGCCGUGGGCAUGGGGCUCUUAAGAGGACAGGACAGGACAGGUGUGCUAAAGGUGUGCGCGCUUUACAGGCAGCGGAGCAGGCCAAGGCAGACGCGGUGGUGGUGGGGAGCCAUGGGCAUGGCUCUCUAAAGAGGCGGGUGAUGGGAAGUGUGAGUGAGUGCUGUCCGCACCACUGCCCCAUGCCGUAUGCUGCUCAACUUGCUAACCCCCCUCUCCCCUCUUGUACCUCCCACCUCAAACCACCUCUCUUCCCAUGCGCCAACUCCCUCCCUCCCUCCAUCGAACCUGCAGGCUGGUGCUGGGCAGUGUGA